GGGGAGGGGCGGAGAGGCGGGGCCAAGCCUGCUUGGACUCCGAGCUUGUGAUAAACGCGCAGCUCCGCAGUUUCGAUUAUGCUGAGGGCGUCGUCCACUUGGGGUCUCCGGUGAAGGGAGCUGAUCGUCCCGCCCUGGGGACCACCCCACCUUAGAAGCCCCUCUUCCCAAAGGAGCAUUCCAGAAAAUCCAGUCUUGCAGCUGAGAAGAGCCUGGAAUCCCAGACCUAAACCAGUGAAAAACCCCGCUGAGCUAUGGGUAAGGCAUUCUCCCAGCUCGCCUCUCAGCAGGAUGAGGACAAGUCGCUCCUACCUGAUAACCCAGCCAGAGCCAGCAAGGCUGCCAACUACUUCAGCAGGGGCGGCGGCAAACCACCGUGCUCCAGUGUGCCUUAUGCAAGGGUGGCUGGUACCAGCUUUGUGAUUUGUCCUACCUGCCUAGGCAAUGGGGAGAUCCCCCGAGAGCUGGAGAAGCAGCUGGUAGCCCUCAUCCCUUACGGAGACCAAAGACUGAAGCCCAGACACACGAAGCUCUCCGUGUUCCUGGCGGUGAUCAUCUGCCUGCUUGCUUUCUCCCUCACCAUCUUUUUCCUGUAUCCACGGUCCAUUGUCGUGUACCCUGUAGGCCUCAACUCCUCCAUGGUGACCUUUGAAGAAACUCAUAUACGACUCAAUAUGACGAAUAUCUUGAACAUCUCCAACAGCAACUUCUAUCCCGUCACGGUGACAAAGCUCACUGCAGAGGUUCUCCACCAGACCUCUGUGGUAGGCCAGGUUACCAGCAGCCUCCGCCUGCACAUCGGACCUUUGGCCAGUGAACAGAUGCCUUACGAAGUCGUCAGCAGGAUUGGGGAUAACAGCACAUACAAUAUCUGUUCGUGGCUGAAAAUCAAAGUCCACCAUGUUCUUCUGCACAUCCAGGGUGCUUUGACCUGCUCCUACCUGAGCCAUCCACAGCAGCUGCCCUUCGAGAGCUUUGAAUACGUGGACUGCAGGGAGAACAUAUCAGUGCCCCACCUGGAGAGCCCUCGGCCAGCCUGACAGCGCUGCCCCGGUCCUGCAGGCUCCCGCAGGCUGUCUGCAUCUCAACUCCGUGGAGCUCAAGGAAGGACUUAAUGGCUUUGCCAAAGGAGGCAAACACCUGGCUUCACGGUGCCUUCCUCUGACACCCUCAGCACAAGGAGCUUCUUGAACCCUGCCGUAGGCUCUGACUCCUCAGAUGUCCCAGAGUCACUGCUGACAGUCCCCACCUCUAGUCGCCUGUGCUGAGAACUGUCUGACUGACCUGGCACUGUCCUGGGGCUGAACAUGUUGGUUGCCCGGCUCUCCCAGGGUGGGUCGUCAGUUGGAAUGAAGAGAAAGCUUAUCUAGAUUAUUUUAACAGCACAGAUGAAUCCUUUUCAUGUUCUCCCAGUUAUAGUGGCCUUGAAGACAUGCAGUGCUGUCCCCAAGGUCUCUCUAGGUGACUAUAAAUGUUCUCUUGUGCUGUC